AGCUGUCAAUUGAGACCAAACCAGCUGACUGUGUUGACCAAUCUCUGUUCUGGACUUCUGAAAAGACAAGAAAGACAAAACCUACAACUCAACUUCAUUUUCACUUCCUCUGAAAUUCUGUCACAUCACAGGAACAUGGCAAAGAAACCUGUCAAGUACUAUGUGGUGGACGCGUUUACUGACUCACCUUUCAAGGGGAACCCAGCAGCAGUGUGUUUAUUAGAGGAAGAGAGAGAUGAGCAAUGGCUGCAAGCUGUGGCAGCUGAGUUCAACAUCUCCAUGACUUGUUACUUGACUCGCCUCACUGACACAGGAUCCGACUCUCUUAAGUCACCCAAUCCUAGGUUCCAUAUCAGAUGGUUCACUCCUGUAGCUGAGGUUGAGCUUUGUGGCCAUGCUACAUUGGCAGCUGCACAUACAUUGUUUUCAUCUGGUUUGGUGAAUUCCAAUAUUAUUGAGUUUGUCACACUAUCCGGAAUUCUAACUGCUAAGAAGUUCCUUGAAAUUAAGGCAUCUGAUAGUUCAGAUAUUCAGAAUGGUGAAGCGCAAGAGUGCUUUCUUAUUGAAUUGAAUUUUCCUACUGUUCCAGCAAUUGAUGUCAAUUCUGCAGAAGUUUCAUCAAUUUCCAGUGCCUUGAAUGGUGCUUCUGUGAUUGAUAUAAAGAAAAUUACUACUUCAGAUGCCCUCUUUGUUGUACUCCCAUCAGGAGAAAGUGUAAUUGAAAUACAGCCAGAGUUUGAUGCUAUACGUAAAUGUCCUGGACUGGGGAUAAUUGUUUCAGGGGCUGCUCCCUCAGGAUCUGGGUUUGAUUUUUACAGUCGGAUCUUUUGGCCAAAACUUGGGAUCAAUGAGGAUCCUGUUUGUGGGAGUGCACAUUGUACACUAGCACCAUACUGGGGCAAAAAACUGGGGAAGUGUGAUCUUGUUGCAUAUCAGGCAUCAGCUAGAAGCGGAGUACUAAACAUUCAUCUAGACGAACAAAACCAGAGAGUACUACUGCGAGGAAAAGCUGUUACCAUCAUGGAAGGGUCUCUUUUAGUUUAGACAUUUGAAGUUAAAACUCCAUAUUGCAUGUAUAUUUUCAAUUGAAAUAAUGACUAUUAUUGGGUGGAAGAAUCCCUUGGAGCUAGGGUAGGAAUUUCAAAUUCUAUAGCUGAUUCAAGGUCUUGUUAUAAUCCUACUCUGUGAAAUUGUAUUUGCAAGGGUGUGUAUACGUUGUAAGGUGAUAUUUUUUAUCCAUUAAGAGAAACUUUCAAUAACUAUUCCACAUAACAA